GUGAACACACCCCCACCAUGCUCACGCAGCGGUAGAUUUGGAUUGGACGGACAUCUGGGCGAGGAAAAUGGGAGACGACUUGGGUGACGAGUGGUGGCAACACGAUGUUGCAUCCGUGGCAGAGGAGGAGACGGAACAAGAAAAAAUUCCAACGGCACAAUCGAACACAAAGACAAAACCAGAAAAACGGAAAAGGAUAGCAGAGAAAACAGAUGGAGCCAAGAAGAAGAAGAAGAGUGGAGAGGCUGAGAGUAGAAUCCCUCAAAAGAAAGAGACGGAGGAUGAAAAGUCAUCUAAACCGAAAAGAAAGCGAAAGAAGAAGAAGAAGACAAUUACUGAUGUUUUGGCCACCUCUGAGCCAAAACCAGGCUGUGCAGCUGAUCUGCAGAACCUGGUCACACAGUACUUCUCAGACAAGCGCUCUGUAAUUGAGCAGGAGGAGCUCAAAAUGGAGGACUCCUGUUUCGUGUCCUGCAAUGACUUGACUCACAGUCUCUCCUCUUAUCUGAAACAGAUUUGUCCGAAGUGGGCAAAGAUUCGAAAGCAGCAUGCGGAAAAGAGCUCUGUGAUUCUGCUCAUCGUCUGCAGCUCUGCUCUCCGAACCAUUGAGCUCAUCAAACAGCUAACAACCUUUAAAGGUGACGCCAAAGCAUUGAAGCUCUUUGCAAAACAUAUCAAGAUUGAUGAGCAGGUCAACCUUUUACAAAACAAUGUCACUCACAUUGGAGUGGGGACUCCUGGCAGGAUCAGUGCUCUAAUUGACAACGAGGGUUUGAACUUACAGUCACUGAAAUACAUGGUUCUGGAUUGGAACUGGAGGGACCAGAAGCUCAGGAGGAUGGUGGACAUUCCCGAGGUCAAACUUGACUUCAUGAAGAUGCUGGAGAGUGGUAUCCUCAAAGGCUGCAAAGAAGGCAAAAUCAAAGUUGGACUUUUUUAAACUGCACAUAGUGAACUUGUUGAUAAACUUUGUAGGUGUUUGAAGCGCUGAUGGUCUCAACAUGACGAGGGGCCUCAUCCUGUUUGUUUCCCCUUUGUGUGCCUGUGAAACUGCUUUUACUAUUUUCAGAGACUGUGUCAAACGUGUGGUGCUGUUUGUUCGCUCUUGUAGUCCGACACAAUGCAACAGUGUGAUGGAUUGAAUAAACAGAUUGAGAAUGAAA